CUGCGCCCCAGCCCAGCAUAGCGCCAGCGCGCCAUGGGGAGUCCCGCACGCUGGGCUUUUCUGCUGCAGCCACUUCUGCUUCUGCUAUUGCACGCCCCGCAGAGCCUUGGCUUCACAGGAUCUGGAGACUCACCGCUAGAAGAUGCUGAAGUCGAGUAUUCAUAUGCUAGAUAUAAAGACACCCUGUGGUGUUCCCCCAUCAAAGUGAAGUAUGGGGAUGUGUACUGCAGGGCCCCUCAAGGAGGAUACUACAAAACAGCGUUGGGAGCCAGGUGUGACAUUCGCUGCCAGAAGGGCUAUGAGCUACAUGGCCCUUCUCAGCUGAUCUGCCAGUCAAACAAACGGUGGUCGGACAAAGUCAUCUGCAAACAAAAACGAUGCCCUACCCUUGCCAUGCCAGCAAAUGGAGGGUUUAAGUGUGUAGAUGGUGCCUACUUUAACUCCAGGUGUGAGUACUAUUGCUCCCCAGGAUACACAUUGAAAGGGGAGCGAACAGUCAUAUGUAUGGACAGCAAGACCUGGAGUGGCAGACCAGCUUCCUGUGUGGAUAUAGAAGCUCCUAGAAUUAAGUGCCCAAGUGUGAAGGAACGAAUUGCUGAACCCAAUAAGCUGACAGUCCGGGUAUCUUGGGAUACUCCGGAGGGAAGAGACACAGCAGAUGGCAUUCUGACUGAUGUGAUCCUAAAAGGCCUUCCCCCAGGCUCACAUUUUCCAGAAGGAGACCACAAAAUCCAGUACACCGUUUAUGACAGAGCUGAGAACAAGGGCAUUUGCAAGUUUCGGGUUAAAGUAAGAGUCAAACGCUGUGGCAAACUCAAUGCCCCAGAGAAUGGUUAUAUGAAGUGCUCCAGUGACGGUGACAAUUAUGGAGCCACCUGUGAGUUCUCCUGCAUCGGUGGCUAUGAGCUACAGGGUAGCCCUGCCCGAGUGUGUCAAUCUAACCUGGCUUGGUCUGGCACGGAGCCCACUUGUACAGCCAUGAACAUCAAUGUGGGCGUCCGAACAGCAGCUGCACUCCUAGAUCAGUUUUAUGAGAAAAGAAGACUCCUCAUUUUGUCCACACCCACAGCCCGGAACCUUUUUUACCAGUUGCAGCUGGGAAUGCUACAGCAAGCACAGUGCAGCAUGGAUCUUCGGCACAUCACUGUGGUGGAGCUGGUGGGCGUGUUUCCGACCCUCAUUGGCAGGAUAAGAUCAAAGAUUAUACCUUCAAGCCUAGCUCUGCAACUCAAGUUGUUACUGCGAAUCCCACUCUAUUCCUUCAGUAUGGUGCUAGUGGAUAAGCAUGGCAUGGACAAGGAGCGCUACAUCUCCCUGGUGACGCCCAUGGCCAUCUUCAAACUGAUUGACACUUUCCCUUUGAGAAAAGAGGAGAUGGUCUUGCAAGCUGAAAUGGGUCAUGCCUGUACCACCUGAUGUGGUCGUCUCUAUCUUGGCUGUUCCUCUUCUCUCUCUCCAUAGUGCUACACACACAGGGAAGGCCUUAAAAAUAUCCUUGAUGUAUACAGUUUUAUUUGUAAUUUUAAAAGUCUAUUUUAUUAUGAGCUUUCUUUGCACUUAACAAUUAGCACUAUGCUUUGAGUACUUGGAAGUUUCAAAUAUUAUAUGAAUAUGAUAUUUACUCUUCCUCAUAUGAAUUACUCCACCAUUACUGGUUAAUAUUUUAAAGAAUUUAGAAACCACAAGCAUACUUAUAUUUUCUAUGUCAUUCAGUGUAACACAUACCUCCCUUUCAUGUUAUUGUUUAUAUAAGACCUUAACUAAUAAAAUAUUUUGAGCAAAUUUAUUAAAAUUUACUUUGUUGUUCAA